CCCCCCAAAAAUGACAAGUCCGUGCGGCUCGUUCGUCUGCGGCUCGUGUGAGAGCGCGCGCCAAGUUUUUAGUUACGCGUCGGAACGUAUCCGUUGAAUAGCCGCCAACCCAAAGGCAGCGCUUAGAAGUCGCAACAGCAACAGCAGCAAUAGCAAUAGCAAUCUCAAUAUCAGCCAGCAGCGACGGCCUUACUUGUAAUCUAUAGUUAAACAACAACAACUACAACUACAACUAGAACAACAACAGACCGGAAAAACGUUUUGUGACCAGAAGCAAAAUUUUAUUGUUGCCAGUUGCAAGUUUCGUGUUGCAUCAAGUUAACGAAACGCCCAAGCGACGGCUCAAGCACAUUCAACUGACCAAUAAACAAAUCUAUAUCAAUUGCAAACAAAAUCAUUACGUUUUCAGUGUUGUAAAAUACUAAAUGUUGCGACAACGCCCCAGUUUCCAAUUGGGCAUACAAAACGACAACAAAACCCUUCAUGCAAAGUGCUCAACAAAACAAACAACAAUACAAACACAAAUACAACAACAAUAAGCACAGGAACAACACUCGCUCAUAUAGCUCAUAAAAUCGUGAAAUCCUCUAAGCAUAAGCUACUUAAAUACUUCGAUACUUAAACAAUAACAGCGAGAGCUCCAUUCCCAAACUGAAUGAGUAAACAAAUGAAUGGAGAUGCCCGCAUAAACAAAUAAACAACCUUAAAUAAACAUAAACUAGUGAUAUAUUUAACAUGUAAUGUGCAAAACAAACAUAAAUACAAAUCAUAUGCAAGGGCUCAGACUUCAGCUCAGUUUUGGCCUGGCUCGUAAAAGUCGUGCAUAAAUUAGACGAAAACUCAAACGGGACGGACUUUAAGCCAACCGAAUGCGAUAGCAUUUAAGCCAACAACAAGUUUGUAGGUACUAUAUAGAAUAUACACCGUUAUACUAUAUUCGAUUCCAAUCUCUGCACACUAAAUACCAAGGCAAUGCAGCGACACUCAAGCCUGACUUGUACUCUGCAAAGCACCUUAGCCACUGAGUCCAUACGAACCACUGCAGCAACCACAGAGUCCCGGCCAAGAGCCAGCAGCAAUUCGACUGCAGCUCCGUCUAGAAAAUGAUGGAACGCUUAUCCACGCACUUGUCGCUCUCUGGAUUAUCGCUCGCACAUCCACUGCAGAGUCAUUUGAGCUCGGUGAGCUCCAGCAGCGGCACGCAUCUGGGCCAACUAAUACAGCACCAUCAGCAGCAGCAGCAGCAGCAGCAGCAGCAACAGCAACAGCAACAACAGCAUUCGAGUGAGCAUAGUCACGCCCACAGCCACGCCCACCAUCACAGCCAGCAACUGUCGCUGGGUCAGCUGGGCCAGCAGCACCACCACCACCAGUGCAACAGCAACAGCAGCGGCGGCGGCUCGCCCAACGGCAACGGAUCCUCGGCUCUGAGCUUGCAUCCGCACCUGCAUCACUCGGCGGCAGCCGCAGCGGCCGCUCAUCACCUGAGCUCGCAGCACUCGCAGCUGCACCAGCAUCAUCAGGCAGCGGCGGCUCAGCAGCAGCAGCAGCAGCCACAUUCCACAGCCUCGCACCACAGCCAGGCGGCCAGCUCCGGGGCGGGCUCCAUACACAGCCAGUCGCAGACGCAGUCGCACCAGCCCCACAGCAACGGCAUUGGCCCGCAUCUGUCCGCGAGCGCGGGUCACAGUCUGGGCAGCUCCAGCUCGAGUGCUCCGGUCCACUACACGUCCACGUCCAGCACAUCGAACAGCGUAAUGGCCGCCGCCGCCGCCGCCCACCUGCACCACAAUUCGCAGGCGUCGCCCAUCAGCAACCUGCACCAGAACAUGGGCAGUCUCAUGAACAGCGGCAGCAGCGCCAGCGAUGUCUUCUUCAGCCUGAUGAUACAGAACACAACGAAGCGCCAGAACGAGGAGCACAUCAAACGUCCAAUGAACGCUUUUAUGGUCUGGUCACGCUUGCAGCGCCGCAAAAUAGCCCAGGAUAAUCCCAAAAUGCACAAUUCGGAGAUAUCCAAGAGGCUGGGUGCCGAAUGGAAGCUGCUCACCGAGGAAGAGAAACGUCCGUUCAUCGAUGAGGCCAAACGUUUGCGCGCUAUGCACAUGAAGGAGCACCCCGAUUACAAGUAUCGGCCCAGGCGCAAGCCCAAAGCCCUAAGACGCGACGGCUACCCGUAUCCCAUGCCAUACCCAUCGGUGCCAGUGGAGGCGUUACGUGCAGGCAUCUCGCCGGGUUACUUUGCUCCGGGUCCCACAGCGGCCGCCUAUCACCUGGGCAGCCAUCUCACGCAGACGUCGCCGCCAACGACAACGCAGGCCACACUGUCCGGGCAGAUGGACAAAUUUGCCGCAUUGGAGCGCAGCUCAUAUCUGAGUAAUGCAGCAGCGGCCGCGGCGGGCAGCCAGGCGAGUGCAUACAGCGCCUACCUGGACCCCAGUGUGCUGACCAAGGCCUACUUCGACUCGAAAAUGUAUCAGGAUCGUGCCAACUAUGCCUUUGACAUUUCCAAGAUCUAUGGCGCCCAGCAGCACGCGGCGGCGCAUCAUCAGCAGCAGCAGCACCAACAACAACAGCAACAGCAGCACCAACAGCAGCAGCAGCAGCACCAACUGCUCAUGGCCAGCAGUGGAGCAGGCGGCGCAAGUGGUGGCGGUGCUGGCAGUGCUGGUGGCAGCUCGCACAACAACAACAGCAGCAGCGGGCUGGACGAGCGCGAUGCCACGCCCCAGCUGGACGCGGGUGGCCAGGAAUCGAAGCCGCAUCUCCACUCGCCCAGCGAUGUGGGCUUGGACUAUGCUCAUCAAUAUGCUCAGCAGUAUGGCGGCCAGUUGGCCAGCGCUGCCGCCGGCGUUGGAGUGGGAGUGGGCGCCGGGGCGGCAGCUGGUGGUGGGGGCGGCGCUGGGGGCGCCUCAGAUUUUCGUCGACCGCUGACGGUCAUCUUCUGACCACCAUCGUCCAAUGGUAGCGAGGAGCUAAACUUGUCUAUGACUUAGGAAAUGCGAGAUUAAAGUUAAACGUAGCCAACUUUACAGUUAAGUCUCGAGUUGUAAAUUAAUCAUAAGCUUUGUUAAAACGAAGAGCAGCUGCACAGCAAACACAAGCAAAAGCAGAAGCAAGAGAAGAAGGAGAAGGAGAAACAGGAGCUAGCUACAGCAGCAAGGAGCAGGAGCAGGUGCUGGAGGAUUCUCACAUAAGGCAGACAACGAGCGGUGCAAUUUUUUAUGUUUUAAACGCUGAACGAAGUGCAUAGCAUAAAUUUAAAUGUAUUUAAAUUCUACACAUAUACAAUAUUA